AUGAGAAAGACCGCAUCAGCAAAGGGAUUAGUCGCCGGUGAUCUGAAGAUCUAUCAAAAAAACAAAACAUUAUUAGAUUGUUCGUCGGUUGGCGGCGGUCAGGGCAAAGGGUAUCCGGAUGUCGCCACACGUCAAUUAGUCAAAGCACUCGGGGACUAUCGACGAAGUAGGGUGGUAAAUUUGUAUGGAAAGAGGACGGAAAGUCAGAUACCCAUACUUGGAUUCUUCGAUAAUGAUCCCUACGGCGUAGAAAUCCUGAGUGUUUACAAGUUUGGUUCUCAGGUACCUUCAGAGUUAAUCAAUCACUUGGAAUCUAUGCCGCAUGAAACUGCAAAUAAAUCGUUGAUAUCUUUGUAUUUAGGCAAUGUCAUUUGA